AAGUGGGCAAAUCAAACGAAAAAGAUUUAGUACAGUAUAUUUGUACCAGUUUCACAAGCCAGAAAACUAAAAUGAAAUUAGAAUUACUAUGCGUGUGUUUAAUUUGUGUCACAAGCAGUUAUAGCGAUGAGUGUAUGAAGUUUGAGACAUGCCAUGAGUGUAUUCAAAGGCCAGAAUGUUCUUGGUGUUUAGAACGGAAUAGCACACAAAGGUGUUUUACUUCAAAACUUAGCGAAACGCGAGUGGACUCUUUUGUAUGCAACAAAAAUUCAAUUUACAAUCCUCAAAAUGAGAUGACUAUUUUGCAGUCAAUUGACUUUAAGGAAAACCUCCAUUUCAACCGCUUAUCACCAAAUAAUGUCAAAUUAAGUCUGCGAAAAGGUAAACCUUACAAUAUCAAUAUCAAAUUUAAACAUGAACCGCAUUUUCCACUCGACCUCUACUACCUCAUGGAUAUGUCCAAUUCUAUGAAGGAUGACAAAGACAAGCUAUCUGCCAUUGGAAACAUGCUUGUUGAAAGUAUAAAAAAGGUUACUUCUGAUUUUAAACUAGGAUUUGGAACUUUUGUGGACAAAGUAGUUAUGCCCUAUGUGUCAAUAGUGCCAGAAAAGUUAUUAGAACCAUGUACUGAUUGUGUGUCUCCAUAUGGAUUCAGAAAUCACAUGCCUUUAAGUGACAAUGUCUAUCAAUUUUCUAGGGAAGUUAAUACUGCUAAAAUAUCAGGGAACCUGGAUGACCCUGAAGGUGGUUUAGAUGCAAUAUUGCAAGCUUUAAUUUGUAAACAGCAAAUCGGAUGGAGUGAAAACAAAAGCAGAAAAUUACUAGUCUUUGCUACAGAUUCCCUUGUUCAUUUUGCUGGAGAUGGCAAGCUUGGUGGUAUUGUCAAACCAAACGAUGGCCAAUGUCAUUUGGACGAAAAUGGUUACUACACAUACUCGACACUUCUAGAUUAUCCAUCACUACCACAGAUUAAUACAGUUAUAAAAAACAGUUCAGUAAAUAUCAUAUUUGCUGCUACAUCAGACAGAUUGGACCUGUUUAAUGAGCUUAGCAAGCACAUCGAAGGAUCAUCGGUCGCUGAGUUGUCCAGCGAUUCAUCAAAUAUUAUUGAACUUAUAAAAGAGCAAUAUUACAAAAUCAGAACUUCAGUUGUCAUGACAGAAACAUCAUCGAAAUAUGUAAAUGUGGUUUUCUAUUCAAAAUGUGACAAAUUUGAUGAGCCACUGGAAAAGACAAAUGAAUGUAAAAACCUUGAAGGAUCAGCGGUAAUUGAAUUCGAGGCAGAAGUGACGGUCGUGGCAUGUCCAAAGAGAAAAGGGAAAUGGAAGGAAACUUUCAAUAUUUACCCUGUCGGCUUACAAGAAGUAUUGACCGUUAAUCUAGAGAUGGAGUGUGAUUGUCCAUGCGAAAAUCCAGGAAAUGAGGGCUAUAUAGGUGAAACAGAUGAAUGUUCUCUCAACGGCUUAAUGAAAUGUGGAAAGUGCGAAUGCCAUGAAAAUUACUUUGGUAACAAAUGUGAAUGUCAUACUUCAUCAAUGGCAGAACAUGAAAUACAUUUAGCAUCAAGAUGUAAAGAAGAUAACUCAAGCCAUAUAACAUGCAGUGGUCGUGGAAAUUGCAUAUGUGGUGAAUGUGAUUGCGAUGAAAUGCACGAUGAUAGAGUUAUUUAUGGUCAGUUUUGUGAGUAUGACAACUUUUCAUGCCCAAAGAAAGAUUCAGUUGUAUGUGCAGGAAAGGGAUUGUGCAAAAAUGAUAAAUGCUAUUGCACAGAAGGUUGGACUGGUGAUGACUGCUCUUGCCCUACAUCAGUUGACAUUUGUAGGAAAGACCCUGAACAAGAUAUUUGUUCGGGUCAUGGAAAAUGCAUUUGUGGCAAUUGUGUCUGUAAUGAUAAAACAGGAUAUACAGGAAAAUACUGCGAAGAUUUUUCUCUGCAGCAACAGUGCUCGGACAUACAGAAUUGCGUUAAUUGUGAAGUAUAUAACCAAGGAUCUGAAGAUACAUGCAGAAACAGUUGUUCAAUUGAGUAUAACAACAAAAAUCAUGACAUAAACAUUGAAAUCGUUUCUGAAAUAGAAGUUAACGACACUCUUGAUGAACAUUUGUGUGCCUACACAGAGGGAUCCUGCGAUAUAUUUUUUUCUUAUUACUAUGAUUUAGGUGAAGACAGGUUUGUUAUAAAAGCAAUUAGAGAAAGGAAUUGUCUCUUCUGGAACGUAGCUAAAGCCAACAUGCUUUACCCGUGUAUUUCAAUAUUGAUUGUGGGAUGUUUAACUCUCCUUGCUUGGAAAUGGGUCGCAAAUAAAAAAGAUAAAGAAGAAUGGGAAAGAUUUUACAAAGAAUCUAUGAUUAGCAUGAGCUGCUCUGAGGAAAAUAAAAAUCCGUUGUAUCAAAAUCCUUCGAGACAUUAUGAAAACCCUAUGUAUAAGAUGAAAUAACACAACCGAGAAACAGGGUUGCAUUUAUUCUGUAUGAUAAAAAAUUAUGGAUUUUUCGAUAAGGACAUUCCAGCAAUGCAAGAGUAUGGAUUAUUUAUGUUGUGAGAUUUUCCUUGAAGUCUUUGUGGUGUAGAAUAAUUUUUUUGAAUUGAGUGGAAUUGAAUAUUUUUUUAAAUAUUCCAGUUAAAUUUAGCUUUGCUCCAAACUGCAAAUUUUUCUGCACUUUAACACUUAAAUUGUGAGGUCUGCAAGGUGAUGAACUUGUAGUUUUGUCUUUUCCAAAAAUUUUGAUUUGUCAGAAGCAUUUUGGCUUGUCUCCAUAUUUUUUAACUACAAUUAUUUGCUAAAAAUUGAAGCAAGAAGCUAAAACAUCAAGGAUAGGCAGUGCAAAAUGAUCAAAUGAUCAGAAAUGACUUAACUACACUAUCAUCCUUGUCCAGUUUUUUUUUAAAGCUUCCAGGUUAUUUUCUAAAGUACACUUGUCUAUACCAUCUGAUCAGGUAUGAAUAUACAGUCAUUAUUUAAUAUGCCAGAUCAGCUGUACUGUUUGUUCUACAUUUGAAGUUAUUUGACUAAUACCACUGGACUUGGUGGACUGCAGUAGCCGAGUGGUUAGCAUGGUAGACCCUCAGCUUGUAGAACCCAGUCGUUCACUUUACACCUGGCCAUUUUUUUACACUCCCAUCCCCCCAAAAAAUUAUGAAUACCUAUAAUCUCACGAUUUCUGUGUGGUCCAAUAAGUUUGAACUUGUGUUACUCUGCUGUAAUGUUUUUUGUGGUUUGCUCGUUUCAGGUCAAGUUGGUCUGCCUAUUCACACUGUUUUAGUCAUCAGAUGUGUUUUGACUUCUUGUUAUCUUCAAUGGUGGGCAAAUUUUUAUUAAGUGAGGCCCCAGCAAUAAUUCAUUUAAUACAAUUUUGACUGCAUACACUUUUGUACUGUAACCAGUGGCCAGUUCUGAAACUCACUGUUGAUGUUGACAAGAAGCCAAAAUUGACAGACCAAAAUGAUCAGAAGCAACCAAACCAUCAUCUCCACAGACCAAGAGGAAAUUUCACAACACUCAACAAUUCUUAAAAUACCAUUUAGUUUUAGUUCUAUAUAAAUGUACAGAAUAUAUUUCUAAUUUAAAUGUAAUUAUCAAUUUUGUUUAAUGAUUAUUAUUGUAAAUAAAUAAAUAAAACAAG